CCGUGCCGGAAGAGAAGCUUCUUUCCCAGCCAUCUUGUGGCUUCAUCUAGCGAAGUGUUCGCACCAAGCCUCGUAGAAUCGGAGGAAAAUCCUGCUGAAGGGGCGCCAUCAUGCCCGGACAAAUGCAAGAAGGUUUUGGCUGUGCCAUAACCAAUCGGUUCGACCAGUUAUUUGACGACGAGUCGGAUCCGUUUGAGCUCCUGAAGCAGGCUGAAGUGAAGAAGAAGAAGGAGCCUGCUGUCCCUGGUGCCGCCAAGACUGUAGCGCAGGCGGCCAAGCAGCCCAAAAAGGAGUCCCAGAAAGAGAGGAAGACACCCUUGGCUGAUAAGAAGGAGGAGAUCCAGGCUGCAGUUCCACUUAAAAAAGAGGGUGUAGGUGCUGGCAUGAGGAGAGUAGGCAGGAAGCCAGAGGGCGAAGGCUUCAGACCUCAGGGCGAUGGCUUCAGACCCCAGGGUGGGCCAGGAGGAGAGGGCCGGACCCCUGCAGACAGACGACCUGUGGACAGGCGGCCACCUCGGCGCUUUGAGAGACCUGCAGGUGACGCUGGAGAGAAACCUGAGGGCGGUGAAUUCUCYGUGGAAAAGCCCGUUGGUGAGAGGCCRAUGAGGGGUCGCGGCGGCGGCGCCAGGGGAACCCGUGGAGGCAGAGGACGCGGCAUGGGUCGUAGUGAUGGCUUUGAUUCCAGAGGAAAACGUGAAUUUGACAGACACAGUGGCAGUGACCGAUCUACUCUGAAAGGUGAGGACAAGCGUGGUGGAAGUGGAUCUCACAACUGGGGCACCGUCAAGGAUGAACUUAAUGAACUUGACCAAUCUAAYGUCACUGAGGAGAACCCUGAAGGAGAGGAGCAUCCACCUGCUGACUCUGAAAAUAAAGAGAAUGAGGUCGAGGAACCAAAGGAAGAAGGCCCAAAGGAGAUGACUCUGGAUGAAUGGAAAGCCAUGCAGGACAAAGAAAGGGCCAAGGUGGACUUCAACAUCCGAAAGGCCAACGAGGGAGCUGACUGGAACAAAGGAUUUGUGCUGCACAAGUCCAAGGCUGAAGACAAAAGAGGUGAUCUGACCGAUGAUGUUGAGGAGCCCAAGGGAGAAGAGGAUCAUCACUUCCGGAAGCCAGCCAAUGACAUCACUUCCCAGUUGGAGAUCAACUUUGGAGACCUGGGCCGUCCAGGCCGUGGACGUGGUGGACCACGAGGUGGUCGGGGAGGUCGUGGCCGUGGUGAUAUCCCCAGGCCGUCCCGUGGAGGAAGGAUUGAUCGGUCGUCUGCAUCUGUGCCCAACGUGGACGACCCCGAGGCCUUCCCAGCCCUGGCCUAAGCUCCAGCUGGGACCCCUCAGGCCUACAGGAGCCCUCCAAGCAUCUCCACUACGAGGCUUGCAUGUUCCUGGAUCCUUCAGCAAAGUCAAAUGAUGGAGAAGACUGUCAUAACUUUGACACUCAACGUGAGGACUGAGUUUUAUCCAAUAAAAACAAAACAGGAUUUAAAAAAAAAAAAGCAAAAAUUAACAAAAAAAAUCCCAAAAAGAAAAGGACUUCUUGCUACUCUGGAGCAGCUUGUUGGUAGAGGUUUUGUACUUUGAAACAAAGUAACAGGGAUGUUUUCAUACAGUAUUUUUUUCAGAGAUUAUGCACUGUCCAUUAAUAGUUUUGUAAUUGCUGCUUGAAAAUACGCAUUUUAAAAAUGUAAACAAAACAUUUUAUUUUAUUUCUUCUCUUGGCACGAGUGCUGUCGCUUCUUUCUAAUCAGCACUCUGGAGCUCGGUCAGAAACGCCUCAUGUGGCACAGCUUGGGCUGAAGUUACAGUUUCACCCAUUUAGUUUUAUGAUUUUUUUAUUUCAGCACUGAUGUGUUUUAUUUUUUUAUGCAGAAGCUCAACUGGACGAUCUUCAUCCUAAAAAUAUUCACAGACUGUUUCACACUGAUUGCUCAUUAGGAGAUGCUGUCUGUUUGCAUGAAUGCAUAAAAAGCGACCUACAUUUUUGUUUUCUGAACUAAAACGUUCGGUACAUUUGGUCAUUUAGGUUCAACACUGUUCAUGAUGCAAACAUUUGAUCCUGGGAUGUUGGUCAAAUGAAUCAGUUUAAAGCUAAAAGCAUCCACGUGUUCAGAUUGUUCUUGAUUUUAUUUCCUCACAUUUCAUACUCAGUAAGCAUUUGUAAGUCAGUCAGUGUCUUUCUUUCAGUUCAACUUCAGAGUGAAAAUGAGAGGUUGUGUGUUUUUGCACAGCUGAGAUGUAGCUGAAGCCCUCAGAGCCUCUCUGUUUACACACUCCAUCCUUCCACAGAUCUGAACUCUGCUUUCGGUUGUUUUAACGUGCUCUGUAGCCUCCAUGGUGGCACCACUGCAUAAUCGCUCUGAAAGAAAUCCAGUUGUCCGUUGUGUGGAUCAACUGAAGUGCUCUGCAACUGUGUGAAUCCCAGCCCUGCUAUUAGACCUCUGUCGAUAAAUAAAGGUGGUCAACAAAUUUGA